CGCACACACUGCCACAGUCAUCAUGUCCGCCGGAGGAGAGAAAUCCAAGUCCGCUUCCCAGACCGACGGGAAGGCCGCUCAGGGCAAGAUGCUGGAUACGGGCAAGAACUACAAGAUGUGCGUGUACGACCAGGAGAACUUCCAGGGCCGCUGCGUCGAGAUCAGCGGCGAGUGCAUGAACGUGUGCGACGUGGGGAUGGACCGCGUGCGCUCGCUGCGCGUCACCUGCGGACCCUUCGUGGGCUAUGAGCAGAUGAACUUCUGUGGGGAGAUGUUCGUCCUGGAGAAGGGGGCGUAUCCCCGCUGGGACUCCUGGAGCAACUGCCAGAGGAACGACUACCUGCUGUCCUUCAGGGCCGUCCGCAUGGAUCAGGAGAAGCACAAGAUCUGCCUGCACGAGGUCGGAGAGUUCAAGGGCCGCAAGAUGGAGAUCCUGGACGACGACGUGCCCAGCCUGUUCUCCCACGGCUUCACCGACCGGGUGGGCAGCGUCGUGGUCAACGGCGGAACCUGGGUGGGCUACCAGUUCCCCGGUUACCGUGGCAGCCAGUACCUGCUGGAGAAGGGCGAGUACCGCCACUUCAACCAGUACGGCGCCCGCUGCCCCCAGAUGCAGUCGGUCAGGCGCGUCCGCGACAUGCAGUGGAACCCGCACGGCUGCUACACCGCGGCCUCCAAGUGAAGAGCGGAGAGGGGGAUGGAGAGGGAGAGGAUGUAAUAUCAUCUCUCCAUCCCAGAGAUCCCGUGUUAGUUUGAUAGAGGGAAUACAGUCGGUUGUUAUUAUUAUUUUCUAGUGAGCAAUUAGAAAAGAGGAGAUGAUUACACGGACCGGGGAGACUGGAUCUGAUAAUGAACGCUCUCUCUCUUUCUCUCUCUCUCCAUUUUUUUUGGCUCUACCUCGGUUUCGUGAUGCUCCCUUCUCCCUCCACACUUUUCCUCUUUCCUCUCCUCCUCCCUCCCCCACGUCACACACUUCUCCUCCGCACCCCCCACCGACGACGUCAGCCCUCGCUCAGCCCAUCAGAGCAUCGCUGGGAGGGAGGAGGGUGUGUGUGUGCGAUUUGUGUGCGUUUGUGUGGAUUCCGUGCUCUUGGAUCCUGCAGCCACAUCCAACCCUUAAACCUCAAUAAAAAAAACUUCUUCCAUGCUAC